AUGACUAAGUCAUCGUUUGGGAAGCGUCACAAUAAGACGCACACAUUAUGCCGCUGCUGUGGCUCUAAGGCCUCCCACCUUCAGAAGUCAACUUCAACCCAUGGCAAAUGCGGCUACCCUGCCAAGCGCAAGAGAAAAUAUAACUGGAGUGCCAAGGCCACUGGGACUAGUCGAAUGAGGCACCUAAAAACUGUAUACCGCAGAUUCAGGCGUGGAUUCUGUGAAGGAUUAACAUCCAAACCCAAAAGGGCAGCUGUUGCGGCAUCCAGUUCAUCUUAA